AAGUUUUGAUAACUACAUCUUAAAACUGCAUUGGCAUUACUAGGGAGUGGGUCUUGAAUAUAUCAGUACCUGCUUACUUAUUUUAAUCUUUCUGUCCCACUCCCAAAUUAAGCCAACAGCUUUCUAGAAAAUCACCCUAUCAUCAAAUUACUACCAUAGCCCAGUCUGUUUUUGGUAGAUGUUUUUGUUUUGAUGGUUUCAGAGGAUGGAAAUAGACAGAUAAUGUUUUGCCUUUUAAUUGUCCAGUACUUCCAAAGGCCUCUUGCCUAGGCUUGAUCCCUAUGGAAUUGUAUCUCUGCAUUCUUCUUUUAUCACUAGUCAAAACAAAACAUUAUCAGGAGAAAACAUUUUCCUAACUGGGUCCUGAGUGAAGAAAAAUCUCAGAUGUGUGUAUACAAUAAACUAUUCCCUGGCAGGCUCAUAAAAAAAAAAAAAUCACUCCAUAAUGUUUUGUCACACAAACAGAAUUCAUUAUGUUUAUGGACUCUCACGUCUGAAGUAUUUGUCUUGUUUCCAAGUAGGAUUAAGAAAACAAAUCCUCCAUUAUAGUGUAACACCAUGGAAGCAGGAACCUUUACAAUAUCCUCCUCCCACCCCCACCCCCCUGUUUUCCAUCUAUUUCUUUCAAUCUUAAGUAGGGUCUGACACAUAUUAAGCAGUUAAUUUUUAAAAGAGAAAAGGCACAUUUUUAUAUGUUUUAGAGAUCUGUGACAUAUGUAGUUUUAACUAACCAAGCCUUCCAUUUCAUUAUAAUAAUUUUGACUUGCUGGUGCAUUUUGUUGGGAACACUUAUUACCAUCCUCAGUGACCCUGGAUCAAGCCCCCGGUUCCUACCUGCAGCUACGUCUACAUCUACAACUGGGACAAGCCAUCUUGUGAAGUGUGCAGAGAAGGAGAAAACGUUCUGUGUGAAUGGAGGCGAGUGUUUCAUGGUGAAAGACCUCUCAAACCCCUCAAGAUACUUGUGCAAGUGCCCAAAUGAGUUUACUGGUGAUCGUUGCCAAAACUACGUAAUGGCCAGCUUCUACAAGCAUCUUGGGAUUGAAUUUAUGGAAGCAGAGGAGCUCUACCAGAAGAGAGUGCUAACCAUCACUGGCAUCUGCAUCGCCCUGCUUGUGGUCGGCAUCAUGUGUGUGGUGGCCUACUGCAAAACCAAGAAACAAAGGAAAAAGCUUCAUGACCGGCUACGGCAGAGUCUUCGGUCUGAACGAAACAACAUGGUGAACAUAGCUAAUGGACCUCACCAUCCAAAUCCACCUCCCGAGAAUGUUCAGCUGGUGAAUCAAUACGUAUCUAAAAAUGUCAUCUCUAGUGAGCAUAUUGUUGAAAGAGAAGCGGAGACCUCUUUUUCCACAAGUCACUAUACCUCUACAGCUCAUCACUCCACUACUGUCACCCAGACUCCUAGUCACAGCUGGAGCAAUGGACACACUGAAAGCAUCAUUUCAGAAAAUCACUCUGUUAUCAUGAUGUCAUCAGUAGAAAACAGUAGGCACAGCAGCCCAACUGGGGGCCCAAGAGGACGUCUUAAUGGCAUGGGAGGCCCUCGUGAAUGUAACAGCUUCCUCAGGCAUGCCAGAGAAACCCCUGACUCCUACAGAGAUUCUCCUCAUAGUGAAAGGUAUGUAUCAGCAAUGACCACCCCGGCUCGUAUGUCACCCGUAGAUUUCCACACGCCAAGCUCCCCCAAAUCGCCCCAAUCGGAUAUGUCUCCACCUGUGUCCAGUACGACGGUGUCUAUGCCCUCCAUGGCAGUCAGCCCCUUCAUGGAAGAAGAGAGACCUCUGCUUGUCGUGACACCACCCAGAUUGCGGGAAAAGUACGACCACCACCCUCAGCAGUUCAACUCCUUCCACCACAACCCCGUGCAUGAGAACAACAGCCUUCCCCCUAGCCCUUUGAGGAUAGUGGAGGAUGAGGAGUAUGAAACCACCCAGGAGUAUGAGUCAGCUCAUGAGCCUGUUAAGAAACUCACCAAUAGCCGGCGGGCCAAAAGAACCAAGCCCAAUGGCCACAUUGCCAACAGGUUGGAAAUGGACAACAACACAAGCGCUGAGAGCAGUAACUCAGAGAGUGAAACAGAAGAUGAAAGAAUAGGUGAAGAUACACCUUUCCUGGGCAUACAGAACCCCCUGGCAGCCAGUCUUGAGGCAACUUCUGCCUUCCGUCUGGCUGAGAGCAGGACUAACCCAGCAGCCCGCUUCUCUACACAAGAAGAUAUGCAGGCCAGGCUGUCUAGUGUAAUUGCUAACCAAGAUCCCAUUGCUGUAUAAAACCUAAAUAAAACACAUAGAUUCACCUGUAAAACUUUAUUUUAUAUAAUAAAGUAUUCCACCUUAAAUUAAACAAUUUAUUUUAUUUUAGCAGUUCUGCAAAUAGAAAACAGGAAAAAAAAACUUUUAUAAAUUAAAUAUAUGUAUGUAAAA